AUGGUUGAAGCGGGCCCUCCUGGUUGCUGCCCAAUAUUUGGCAAAAAAGGACCCAAAACGCGAGGAUUACCACCAAACUUCAACCACGAUAAUGUGGAAAGCGCAAGAACAUCAACAACCAGUGUUUUGUCACUACACUCGGUAGAAAAUUCGCCAUCACACUCAGGUAGCCAUUAUCCGACUCAGCCAGCACGUCCUAAUAAUGGUGGUCCUUCGUCAGGAAACCAAGGAGGUGAUUAUGGGACUAUGACCGUAUACCAAGGUGGUCAUGGGGCUCCGACACCACAACCUUUUCAUCCGCCAGGGAACCCAGCAAGUGCUUAUGGGGGUCAGCAAUUUUCCCACGGAGGCGGUUUUGCGCCUCAGCAAGCACAACCAGGAGGAAUGUAUGGAACUCCACCAAAUUAUAAUGGAGUCGGCCAUGGGGCUCCGCCAUUUCCCCAAGGAGGAAAUUAUGGGGCUCAGCCCAUGUCCAAUGGAGGAAAUUAUGGGAAUUUUCCAGGAAACCCUCCUCCGGCUCCAAAACCACACAAAUAUGGAAUGUUUAUAAGGGACAGCCCACCAUCCUCACCAAUUAGAAACCCUCCACAUAUCGACGGAUUCCUAGGAUGGGGAGAUCAUCACAUGUGA